AUGUCCGAACGUAAGUGCAGUAUAUAAGGUAUGUUCUAGCGACCCAUGUAUGGUAAGUCCUACUUUCGCAGAUGCAGAGGCAGACACGUAUACUAUGCGGUUACCAAUCCUCGCCGCCUUCGGGACGGGACCGGUAUUGGCAACAAAUCUGCCUCCCUCAUACAACGGCAAUUCUCUACCAGUAUCAAGCCAAAUCAACUGCAACGGAAUCACCUACACAAACCGCGGGCUAGUCGCCUACGGGACUGUUGCCUCAGAUGCUCGAGACAAUUUGGGCGAUACUCUUGGUGGCUUCGGAUCUGGAGUAGCACCAGAUGUGUCUUCCUUCCACCUCAGCAACGGCUCCAUCUCUGGUACCCUUUACGCUAUCCCCGAUCGCGGAUGGAACACCGAGGGCUCCAUUAAUUAUCAAGCCCGCGUACAGAAGUUCGAGCUCAGCUUCAAGCCCACCUUUGGCAGUAUUUCGAACAGCAGCGAGAAUCUGGAUAUGGACUAUCAAGACACUACUCUGUUCUACAAGGACGACAUGCCUACAACGGGGUUGGACGCCGAAUCUACUAUUGCGGCUUCCAAUGGCUUCCCUGUUUUGCCAGCAGGCAUCACGUCGAAUGGCUCGGUAUUGCCGACUAUUGACCAAGAAGCAAUUGUUCGACUUCGGGAUGGUAGUUACUGGAUCUCAGACGAGUAUGGCCCCUACAUCUACCACUUCAGCAAGGAAGGACAAAUGCUCCUCGCCAUUGAGCCACCUGUUACAUUUCUGCCCUUCGUUGACGGUGUGCUGAACUUCACUUCUGGCAACCCACCUCUGGGCUCUGGAGCUAAAGCGGCCGGCGAUCCGGACACUGGAAGAGUUAACAACCACGGCUUUGAAGGGCUAGCAAUCUCUCCUGUACGUGCAACCUCUCUGCUAGAGAGGAAAGCUCGCUAAUAUUAUAUGCAGGACGAACGUCUACUCACCGUCCAGCUUCAAGAAGCUCUCGUACAAGAUGGAGGCACACACGCUACCCGUGAGAACAAUACACGACAAGUACAGUACGACAUCUCCAAUCCGCGAGAGCCACGCCUGAUCCACGAAUGGGUCCUCCAACAGCCAGCCGUCUUUGACCCUGAAGAAGACAAGAAUCCACGCUCCACCUCAGUGGACGAGCUGCACUACCUCUCCCAGGACCAAUUCUUCGUGCUCACUCGAGACUCCGGCCACGGUCGCGGCAGCGGCUCCGAUACUCCCUCUACGUACCGUCACAUCGACAUCGCCAGUGUCUCCAAUGCUACAGAUUUCGGAUCCCAAGAAAAAGGUCCUGCCGCUAUCUCCGUUGCUCCCAACGGCUACUUGCUCCCCAACAUCCACACAGAUGGAUACUGCCGCUUCAUCGACUUCAACAACAACACCGACCUCGCACGUUUCGGCCUGCACAACGGACCACCGUAUGCCGGCGAGCUGAACGAGAAGUGGGAGUCGAUCGCGAUCAUCCCGGUUCCCUUCGGCGCCCCUGGCUACGGACAGCAGGAGUUCUACAUUAUCAGUGUGAGCGACAAUGACUUCAUCACUCAGAAUGGCUAUUACAACUUCGGCAAUAAUAAGUACGCGGAUGCCAGCGGAUUGAAUGUGGAUACACGGGUGCUGGUUUGGCAGGCGCAUCUGCCGAACUAUGUGGCUCGUACAUAA